AUGGCGCCCAAGGAGACCAAUCAGGAGGCUACCCUGCGAAUGAUUGAGAAAGGCAGCUCUCACCAGAAAGGUCGAGGCUAUGAUGGCAAAGGAAAGGGCAAGGGCGGCAAGGACAAAGGGCCCCCCAGCAGCGAGCAGUUGCCACUUGAGCGGCGCCAAGAGUUGAGCAGCCGCCUGGAUGCCUUUGUGUGCAGUGAAGAGGUUCAGCUGCAGAUGCCGAGCAGCAUCAACGGCCUGGAGCGAAAGUACCUUCACGAGCAGGCGGACGUGCGUGGCCUGACGACCCAAUCUUUCGGGCAGGGCAGGGACAGAUACAUCUGCAUCUUCAAGGAGCAGGCGCAGAGCAGUGGGACCGCUGCCACCGAAGCCCGUGCUGUUGAGAAUGUCCAGUACUCAGCGGUGUUUCUGGACGACGAGAGCCAAACAAAGCUUACGGAGUUUUGCAGAAGGAGAAUCCCUGGGGGCAUCCCAUCGCGCUGGAAGACACAUGGCGAUCACAUGACCAUUUGUCUUGGUCCACUGUUGGAAGCGAAGACGGAGGACCACCGAUCUGUUGCAGAUACCGUGCAGCAGCAGAUUGCCAGAUACCAAGAUGGACAGCGCUUUGAGCUGAAAGUGGUGUCCAUCGGCCAUGACGACAAUGCCAUUGCAGUGGGCGUCAUCGGAUGUGUGUCCUGCAACAGAAAUCCUCACAUCACAGUCGCCACUGCCCCGGGGCAGGCGCCAAACUCGAGCAACUUCAUCAAGAAGUGGACCAUGCUGGCGGCGGAAGAUCAGCUGGUGCUGACCGGCCAAGUGAUGCAGCUGGCCCGGGGUUCUUCAGCGACGGAGCCGAAGGCGGAGCCGAAGAAGCCACAGGAGGACUGGGAUGGAAAGCUCUUCAAGUUGGGCUGCCUGGUAGAUCACCAGUCAGACUUGCAGUGGUUUGGCCUGGGCGAGAACCCGGACGAAAUGGGUGAUGGGGAAGAUCCUACUGCUGUUCGUGUUGGCUGCAGCAAAGAGGACGCUACAAGAUUCCGCUUCAAAAGAGUCGGCACGACCCGCGGAGGCGAGACGGUGAACCCAGGGACCCUCAGCCCAGGUGUCACAAUCACGGCGCCGGUGCCGGUCUACACCUUUCACGCAGAGCCUGGCCACUUCAUUAAUGCGAUCGAUAAUGGCCCUGGACCGGAGUACUACUGCAACUGUACCGGCCCGUGCAACGCUGACUUUGCCUUCCUGCCGCUGGAGCGAGGGAGUCGGACGCCCGUCGCGAGCGGGAAGCCGGACAGCGAGGAUUGCUUCUAUGGGAUGUACCAUGUGGAGCCGCGCGAGGACGCUUUUGUGUUCUGGCACAACGGCGAGUAUCCCGUCUACCUCGUGGGCGAGCAGUUGUGCCGAGCCAGUGACGAGUGCGAGCCACCCACGCGCUACAAAGUUGAGUUCAUUCCAGAGCACUUCAAGAUUGUCGAGUUGGACAUUACUGAGGGCGAGCAGCUCUCUGUGCUCUGCCGAGGGGUGGGGGGUGCGGAGUUGGCGCAUCUGCGGCUGCCGCCCUCCGCAGCGUUCACGGAACUGGAGAGGCAACUGCGGGAGGCGAUGCCACCAUUGGGGCUUGAUGUGGCGCUCUCUUUGGUCAAUGCCAAGACAGGGAAGCUGCUAAAGCCAUCUGCAAGUACCGACUCCGUGAUGAAAGUGAUCACAGCUUGA